GCAGACGAGUGCAGUGCUGUGUGCGGGCGGCUGUGCCCUGCUGGCCCUCAGCUCCCUGCUGGCCAUCGUGGCCGUGCUGCUGCCCGGCGGAGCCUGCGAGCGCCGACUCUGCACCCUGGCUGGCUACAUGCAGACAGCAGCAGUGUUCAUAAUGGCUUCUGGGCUUUUGGUUUACCCUUUUGGUUUCAACUCUGCUACUGUGAAGAGAUUCUGUGAGAACUCAGACAUCUACUAUGCAGGAGACUGCCAGAUUGGAUGGGGGUACAUGCUGGCAAUUGUUGGGGUCAUGUUGUCUGUCUUUUUACCAUUCUUUGCAAAAUAUGCACCAAAAGAGCACAUAUCUCCAACUCCAAUACCUACUAUUUUAUAGUAUUUUAUUCCUGUUUAAGAACAGAACAUUCCUGUCUACACUAAGGGGCAGAAAUUCUUGAAGCACUUCCAGUUGGCUGUGUUGCUAAAGAGAGGAGAGGAGAUGGGGAAGAGAAGGUCACAUUGACAAAGACCAAAAGUGCAUUGAAAGUCUUCCGUAAGCACGAGCAGCGAACGCUCUGGAAUUGAAAUAGGAUUAAUCAGCAGCCUUCACCCUGCUCUAACACACCAUGGCAUACUGCCUUAGACAAAAAAAUAAUCAGUUUAUCCUCAAAACAUCUGUCUACCUCCCACUUUCUUUUGUGUCUCAAAAUUGUGAGUUUUAAAAGCUUCAAUUCACUUUUGAUAUAUUGUGAAAUGUCAGAACUUUUAUGAACCCAGUAACUUGAAAAUUAAUAAUGAUAUUUUGUUACAAUUAUUUUGAUUAGUGAAAAAGCACCUACGAGUACCCACAGCCUAAAAUUAAGAUUGAUAGCUAAAAAAACCAUAUUCAAGAAAAGUUUCUUCUUAAUUUAUAUAUAUAUUAGCAGCACCUGCAUAUUGUAAAUUCUGGGCACAGUUUUUACUUCUGCUCCAAUUGCCAAGAUAUAGAGACAUCUUCAUGAAGUCCUGGGUAAAACUGAAAUUUCUUUUUUUCUGAGAACUUCAACUACUUCCAAAGGCUUCAUGAUGAUUUAAUACUUUAACAACAGGAAAAAAAAUCCCUAAGAAUUUGUUCUCAGUAUUUCCUAAAUGAUAAUUCUAAAUGGACUUUAACAAAAUAUUUUGAACUAUGACAGCGAUAGACUUUGGGUUUUGUUGUUUAAGGCUGAAAAGAAAAAAUCUCAGUUUACAAAAAUGUCUGUGCCCAAAGGCCCUUAUCUGUAGUGAUAACACAAGCCAGAAUGAACUAAUUCCAGUAUUUCCAUUGCAAUUGAGAGUCCAGAUUGUAAAACAAAAAA